AUGCUACGCAAACUCGUGGCAGACGACGACAUUGCAGAUGUGCACUGUCUUUGCAUCCGCUCACGCCCUCUACGCAUCAAGGACGCAAAGAUUCACGAGUACAAGGGCGACCUGGUCAAACCGAUGCUGGGCCUCUCCACUGAGGACUUCGAGAGCCUCUGCCAGACGGCAGACCUGAUCAUCCAUGUGGGAGCGGAUGUCGCCCAUCUCAAGUCAUAUCAAAUGAUGCGGGCUGCUAAUAUCGUCUCGACACAUUAUCUGCUCGCUAUGGCUACGCCACGCCGCGUCCCCGUACACUUUGUCUCGUCGUCCUCGGUAGCCAUGCUCCAACAGGAUACCAACGAGCUGGCUGAGGUGCCGCCAUCCAGCUUUUGGCCGCCAGCUGAUGCCGAUUCCCUGCUGAAAAAACGCCAUUGGCUAUGCUGUCAGUAA